AUAUGGGCCAAUAUGUGAGCCCAAGUUCAUUUAGAUUGGGCUUAGAGAAGUGCCACCGUAGUCCAAGCGAAGUACAUAUUCUUCUACCUUUCCUCUCAACAGAACACCAUCGACGCGAAUUCGCGACGAAGAAGAGAUCCCCAAACCUCUGUUUCUUCUGAGUUAACAAGCUUAAAUACAAGGAAGCAAAUGGCUGGUCCUCGGAUUGCUCAUGCUACUUUGAAAGGACCAAGUGUGGUGAAAGAGAUUGUUAUUGGAUCAGUACUCGGAUUAGCUGCUGGCAGUGUUUGGAAGAUGCAUCACUGGAAUGAACAGAAAAAAACCAGGGCCUUUUAUGAUUUGCUGGAAAAGGGUGAGAUUAGUGUCAUUGCGGAGGAAGAGUAAAAUAGGUCAUGUUUUGUGCCCUAAUUUUUGCUCCCUUCAAUAUUCAAUUGUUUCAUAAAAUGUAGAUGUAGAUGAGUUGAUUCCAAGAAAUAAGUUUCUUGUACUGAGCUGUGAACUAUAUUUUGUUGGCCUGUGGAAAUUUUACAAUGCUUUAUUUGUUUGCUUUUCCUGGUGGA